AUGAUUAUUGUAUUUACUUUACUCCAUAUUGCUUGUUCUUUAUAUUUUUUAGAGUUGUUUUAGAAUAGUCUAUUGAUAAAGCUAGACGAGUCUAACAAGGCUAUUAUAUUAUUAUAAGGCCAAGUUUCUCACAUUUAAGAUGAAAAUAAUUAUUAAUAUUGUCCAUAUAACAACUAAGGUUGUUGGGCUGGAGCAAUCAAUGAUAAAAGUCAAAUAUUUGAAUACUUCUAAUUAAAACUUGGUGAGUUUUAGAUUUAUGAUCUAGAAAAACACUCAUAUAAUACAGAAAUUCUUACAUUUUUACAUACAUAUAUGGAAUAAUAAACUAAUGGUAUAAACAAAAAUUUUUUAACAUUAAGUCCUUUUGCAUCAAAUUUAAACUCAUUUGUGUAUUUUGGUUAUUCAUUAUGUAUUUCUUAAGAAGAUGCUUAUUUAAAAACAAAUUAAAAUGAAGCUAUAUUGAAGAAUCAAUUAAAUAUGUCUGGUAUCAAGAGCUAUGUUUAGUAAAAAUAUUUCGAAGAAACUAUUUUUAAAAUUACAAUUUAGUAUUUAGAACUUGAGGAGUAAAUUUUUGAUAUAUCAAAUUAUUCAAUCAUUUUAGAUAAUGAAAUAGAAAAUUGCAUAAUUCCUAUCGAACUGAUGAUGAGAAUUUAUAAUUAAGCAAUUUUUUGGAACUUUAUUGAAGAUUCCUUUAAUAUGUAGUAUUAAUUUUUUUACAGAGAAGCAAAUUAAUAAAGGAUUGAAAGUUUAGGUUCAAUCAAAUUUUACAAUUCCGUGAACUAACCUUUGCUCAUUAUGCCUGAAAAUUACAUAGAUUAUAAUUAUAAGGAUUCAGGGUUUGAUUUCUUAAAACUUGUUGGUGAUAGAUUUAAGACUUAAAUUGUUUUAGGCCAAAGUUUUUUGAGAAAUAAGAUUAUUCAUUAUUCUACUGAUACACAAGAAAUUUUUAUUGAAUAAUUAUCAGAAAAUAAAUGUAUUUUAUAAGGUUUUGAGAAAGACAAACUCUUUGACUUUUUAUUAUUUAAAAUAAUAUUCAUCUUAAUUAUGUCAAUAUUUGUAUAUGGAAUAUUUAGAAAAAUACGAGCCUAAUAUUUACAUCAGAAGAAUAUUAAAAUUGCAUAAUAAUAACUCAUUUUGAAUAAUGAAAUAGAGGUUUUGAAAUGA